AUGGCUACCACAGUUGCCGAUGAUGUUGCCCUUGAUGCUUCCGUCAUGGACGACCUCAACAGCCCCGAGGCCAAGGCACUCCUGGACACGAUUGAUAAGCUCCGUUCUAUCAAUGUUGGCGACAUCAUCAGUCUCCCACAGAUCAUCGUCGUCGGCGACCAGUCCUCGGGCAAGUCGUCCGUCCUAGAAGCAAUCUCACGCGUCCCCUUUCCUGUCAAAGGCGAUCUGUGCACGCGAUUCGCCACGGAGCUGGUUCUCCGUCUUUCUUCCACCUCCUAUGUUAAUGUCACCAUCCGCUUCGCCAAGGGGUCUUCGGGGGAUCAGGAGCCCUUCCACAGGGAAGAACUCGACCUCAGCCGCCUCCCGUCCCUGAUCGAAGAGGCUACGGAACGCAUGGGCAUCCGGCCUGGCUCAGAUGUCGGGUUCUCACGAGACGUGCUGCGCAUCGAGGUUUCUGGGCCUGAUGUCCCAUCUCUUACACUCGUAGACCUUCCCGGUUUCUACCACUCUUCAACGGGCGAACAGUCUCUCGAGGGCAUCAAGAUUGUCAACCGCCUCGUCAAGAGCUACAUGGCUCAAGAACAGAGCAUCAUUUUGGCAGUGCUCUCGGCGAGCACGCAGCUAGCCUCCCAGCGGAUUCUUGACGAGACCAGGGAGCACGAUCCCAAGAGACUGCGCACGCUCGGCGUCAUCACGAAGCCCAACGAACGAAGAACCAAGGCCCGCUCCACGCAGCCCGAGAUGCGAGCGCACCUUGUCGACAUUGCGGAGGAGUUUCAGCGCAUCGCGCGGAACGCCAUCAGCGGCAACUACGGCGAGCGCUUCUUUGAUGACCUUGACGAGAAGAACCUCCGCAAGCUGUGCGCGCAACUGCGUAACCUCAACAGCGCGUUCCACCAUUCACAGGACGUCGCUCCGCCGCCGGUGCAUCUCCAGGAGGCACUGGAGUAUUUCCAGUUCCCCAAGCCAGAGCCUGUCUUUGAAGAGGCCCUCAAGACAGAGAUGAGGGCUCUCGCAGCCGCCAACCAGGGCAGAGAAUUUCCCGGGUCACCGAACACAGAUCUCGCGAUCCAGAUGUUCCGGCGGCAGGCCAAGCCUUGGUGGGGGAUCGCCGAACGGCACCUGGACGUCGUGACAGAGCUCAGCAAGUCUUUCGUGGAGCAGCUGAUUGAACAUAUCAUCGGCGACGACAAGACAACCCUCGACGCAAUCCUCCACUCGUGUGAGCUCAAGGCCAAGCUGGACGAGCUGCUUUUGCCUUAUGAAGCCGUAUUCGGAAUGCCCCUUGUGGCGGAGUUCAACUCGACCAUGUCUGUGAGGGAGGUUGAGCGGGUGACGGAGCGCGUUGUCGACGUGCUUCAGAACAUGGGAUCCGCGCUGGCCGAGGGGCUUGCGGAGGGGACCAUGGAUCGCUAUGAUGUCGCCCGCACCAUUCAGAAGACGCCGUCGCUGAGGGAUGAGUUCGGCAUUGACCAGACGAUCGACAACAUGGAAACGUAUUACGAGAUGUCGCGUUGGACCUUCACGGAAAAUGUAGCGUACCUCGCGCUCGAGAGUUGUCUGAUCACCCGCCUGCCAGACAUAAUGACCCCUGGCAGAGUCAAUCGCAUGGAAGAUUAA